AUGGAAUUAGAAAAAACCUUAUAUAGAGUCUAAGAACGAAUUUUGACUCAUUAAAAUGUUCCUAAAUUUACUAAUAUUUUUAGUAUGAUUUUAUUAAGUUUGGCAUCCAUAAAUUUACUUAUUAUAUGGGGACUAAGUCAUCGGACUAUUAAUUAAAUAUAAUUUGAUAAAGAAUAGUAAGAUAAUCUAUAUCAUUAUUCAAUUGUAGAUGGUGAGAAGACUAUUUUGAUGAUGAAAUAUUCAAAAACUCAAGAAUUAUUGCACUUAAAAACUGAAUUACUAUAACAACAUAAUUUUACUAUUAUCAAUAUUACUGUAGAUUACAAUAACUAUUUUGAUAGUAGUCUCUAAUAUGUAUUAGGAUAAAUGACAAAUUUAGAAACAUUAUUUUUACAUGACGUUGCUUAUUCAAUAUAUUCAGAUAUUUAUGUUAAAAAUAAUGCUACAAAUCAAACAUUUAUUUGGAAAGAGAAUAAAAACCUCUAUAAUUAUUUAGGAAAGGCUGCUUAUAAUUUUUGGGAUUUCUUAAUAAUAACUUUAGGAUUAUUCAUAUCUUCUGCUAUAUCAUCACUCUAUAUCAAAGUCACAAUUAUUUGUGCUCCAAUCAUUAUAAUAAUUAUGUGUAUUACACUUUUUCAUAAAAUAUUUUAGUAGAAGUGUCUCAGAUCUUUGGAAAUAGACAUGUAUUCCCAAUAUUUCUAGCACGUGCAUUUCCCUGGAUAGGAUUAUAUUUAAAUAUUCUUGAUAGAACUUAAAGAUCAAAAAAACAACUCAUUAUAGCGUUUACUUUAAUGCUAAUUCUAAUUUAUUUUAUUUACUUAUCGUCUGUUAUUAUAGGAAGUUAUUUAUUAUUCAAAUCUUAAGUUCCAUUUGGUUUAAAAGAUAACUUUUUUGGGUAUUCAUUUAUUUAUUUUCCCAUAGUUUAAUUACAGUCAAUGAAUUUGCAUCUUUAUUAUUUUUGAGAACUCGUUCCUCUAUAUAUUUUGUCCCCAAAUUUAUUAUUAUAUAUUAUUAUUUAUUCCUUUGGUAUGUUCGCUCUACAAGUAAAAAUCAUUAAAUUAUUUAUUUUAGAUUAUGGUUUCUAUUCACUUGCCAUGCUUACAUUAACUUAUAUAUGUUUUGGAACAUUUUGUCUUUUCAUUUUCAUCUAUGAAAGUCCUAGUCUAGGUUGGAAUUAACUUUCAUAUUAUACACCUAAUAUUGAUAGACCAAGAUGUUACUAUUUACCAGUUUUUUCUAUGAAUUGGGUUAAUGAUUUACCUUAACUUUGGUCUAUGUUUUACCCUUUGUAUGGAAGGAGGUAUUUGUAUUUACAAAAUCUAUAGAUAUUUUUAAAUUUAAAAUUUAGCCUUAGUAGAUCGAAACUUUCCACUUCUCAACAAUUUCUUAGAUAUUGAAUUGCAAGAAUUAUAAUGA